UUCUACCCAGUGGAAUCUCAUCGUACCUAGAUUUUAAGAUGAUGUGUCGUUUCUCUGUUUCAGCUUUGCCCCAUCUCCCUUAACUUUUCACUCAAAUCAAGCCCCUCCCUCUCCUUCGUCUUCCACCUCCUCUCCAUCUCCUGGCAACGAUCGUCAUCAUUAUCUGAAAACUGCUACAGUACUAGGAAGAUUUGAGAGCCAAAAAAAAUGCUAAAAUCAAAAUCCAGGGACCUCCCAGAUUGUCCAUGUUCUAAUCCACCCAACAUAAUCCGCCCGAGUGCUCCUACACCAAAUCACUCUCUCUAUCUCUCAAACCUUGACGACCAAAAGUUCCUCAGAUUCUCCAUUAAGUAUUUUUAUCUGUUCCGCAAAUCAGUGAGCUUUGAUGCGUUGAAGCUUUCUUUGUCCAGAGUUCUCGUGGAUUACUAUCCAUUAGCUGGAAGAUUGAGGGCCAGCGAUGAAGACCAAGGGAAGCUCCACGUGGACUGCAACGCAGAAGGAGCUCUUUUCGUCGAAGCAUUCAUGCCCAUCACCGCCGAUGAAUUACUAGAAUCUUCCAACAUGCCAAACAAGUCCUGGAGGAAGCUCUUAUUUAAGGUGGAAGCUCAGAGUUUAUUGGACGUUCCUCCUCUUAUUGUCCAGGUGACGGGUCUCCGAUGCGGAGGAAUGGCGGUGUGUACCGCCAUCAACCACUGUAUAUGCGAUGGCCUGGGCACAUCGCAGUUUUUAAACGCCUGGGCCCACCUCACCACAUCGCCGAAUGGUGAUCUGCCGAUACUGCCCUUUCAUUCUCGAAACAUCCUCAAGCCUCGGAAUCCUCCUCAGGUGAAGUUUUCUCACUCGGGAUACACAAAAACUAACUCCUCAUCAUCAUCAUCAUCUCAGGUGGACCUGGUAAAGUUAUUGCAGUCGCAGACCCUCGUGGCUACGUGCUUCACUUUCACCUCUUCUCACCUUCUUCAUCUCAAGAAGCAGUGCGUCGUAAAGUGCACGACCUUUGAAGCUCUGGCUUCGCACACGUGGCGCUCCUGGGUUCGAUCGCUGGACCUAUCCCCCGCCCUCAAUGUGAAGCUCCUCUUCUCGGUCAACGUUCGCAAAAAGCUGAGCCCAGAAAUCCCUCAGGGGUAUUAUGGGAACGGAUUCGUGUUAGGAUGCGUGGAGAGCACAGUAGAGGAGUUGCUGGAGACCGGCCUGUGCAAUGGCGUGAAACUGGUGCAACAAGAGAAGGCAAGGCUGGACGACGGGCAAGUGAGGUCAAUGAUUGAUUUGUUGGAGGACAAAACAGUAAAAACGGAUCUAUCGGCCAGCUUGGUAAUAUCACAGUGGUCGAAGCUAGGGUUAGAAGAGUUAGACUUUGGAGGAGGGAAGGCACUGCAAAUGGGGCCUUUGACCAGUGAUAUUUACUGCUUGUUUUUACCGGUGGUGGGUGAUUCUGAUGCGGCGAGGGUGAUGGUGUCAGUGCCGGAGGGCGUGGUUGAAAAAUUUGAGUUUUACAUGAAAGAGUAUAUUUGGGACAAAGAAGGGAACGGACAUGUUCAUAAUGGUUAUCAUCUCCUCAACAAAAUGGUUUUAUCUGAAUGACAUCGAUACCUUUAUGCUUUUUUCUUUUUAGAGCUUUAUUGAUAUGAAAUCCAAGGGUCGUAGAAUCUAUAUGUAAUAGAAUCUUAUGGAGUCACUGAGUUUGUGAGCACAUAAUUAAUGUAUAAAGGAAAAGAAGCAUUUGAUCUAA